AUGGUGUGUCCGGCCUUGGCGGGCUGGCCAUGGGCCCCCCCGCACGCAGACGCCGCGCUGCGGCCGCCGGCACCGCCGCGCCCGGGCUGCGGGGGCGGGCGAGGCGCUGGGCCCGGGCCGGGCCCCGCUCCCCGCUCCCCGCCGGGCCGGGGGUGCCCUCCCGGGGAGCCUCCGUGCGCCCAGUGUGAGCCAUGGCUGCGAGCGGACAGCAGGGAAGAAGCCGACGGGACCCGCUGCAGCACCUCGGAGAGCUCCCGGCGCCGGGAACGGGGCCGGGCUCCGCGCCUGGAGGUGCCGCCUCCCCACGGCAACACCGGGAGUAAAACACUGCUCAGUGCACUUCGCGGCUGGCUUUUCUCGGACCCUCUGAAUUCUGUCGUUCCUUUCGACCAACAAGCAUUUUCAGACGUAAAGUGCUUCCUUCCCCUUGAGGGAGGAUCGUCAUAUAGUGCCCUCUUGCCGGUCACCUUCCCCUUCGGAGGCAGAUCUGUGCUCCAGGACUCACCGCCGAGCCAGCACUUGCUCCUUGUUGACUGGCGCCCUCUCCUGCUGUGCGACACGUUUUCCUCGCGGACGCUGGGAGUUUCAUGGGAAUUCAACGGAUCCAGGCAACACACAGGGAUGCGCCAGGGGCUGCCGAGGAACCCUGCGCUGGGGCUCCGGACACGCUUUUGCCCUCAGCAUACUUCUGUCCAAAAGAGACUGGCUCAUUCAAAUUGUUCUGCCUUCCCCAACUCUACCACUAUCAAAGUGAGAGUUAAUCUCAUCAUGGUACUUUCUUUUUUGGGGUCUCAAAUUGCAUUACUCUCAGGGGCAUCUCACAAGCAUGGAAGCAGGGGAAUAAUGACUGAAAUCAUCUGGGAGGCCAGAAUCACCAUUUGAGAUUCAUGUCCAAGUGGAAAAAAAAAAUUAAAAACUGGAGUCUGUGGACUUGGAGGUGCCUUAAAAAAGAGGGAUGGGGGGUGUGCUAAAUUUUACAGACCCUUUGCUGAAAUAACCCCCAACUUGGGUUUUCAUGUCAAUCCCACAUGGAACAAAAAAUGUGAAGAAAAACAAAAUAAGAAAAUGGAGUUUUAACAGUCCAAACAGGAAAAAGGUAUCAGCUGUCACAAUACUGGAGAUAGCCCCCAACUGUAGCGUUUAUGCAAUGCUGAAACAGCUCAACAGAAGGAUCUGAAUCCAGAUACACAAUAAUUCUGGUGUAAACAUUAUACUAUGAUGCUUAUAUUUCUUCCUUAUGAAUACAUGGUUUUUUCCUAUAGCAUUCAGUUUGGUGUAUGUGUGUAUGUACAGAGACAAAUUACUAGGCUGGGAAAGGAAUAAUAUGAUUCUUUAAAAUCACUGUAUGUGUAUUAAAGUUAACUGCUACAUAUAUGCAGAUUAACUACACACUAACUCUAUGCUCAUACACAUAUUGGCAAUUCCUGUUCUUUCAGCGCUUAUAUGUACCCUGUUAACAUGGAACAAAUGGAAUAAACUGCAUGCAAAACGUAUCUAAAAACCAGUAAAAGGAAUAGUACCAGCAGCCAAAGUGCUGUAUUAAUGCAUUACUCACUCAGAUAAGGGCAAGACCUCUGUAUUAAAAUAGCAACACGGUAUGCUUUCUUGGGCACGCAUGCCUGGAGGUAAAGGAUGAACCAUUAUUAAUGCAGCUC